AUGUGGCUAAAUCGCUACUCCCAACACCCUUCGCCGUCGUCUUCGCCCGCGCCGCAACGAAGACCCAGUCACCUUGCCCCGAGCCCCCUUCCCCACAGACCAGGCAUCGCCAACCGCUCCUCCUCUCUGUCUCUCCUCACCAAUGGAUCUACCGAUAGCCUGCCUGCUGCUGCAAGAUACCCGCCCGCCCAUUCCAAUCUAAGAAAUCAGCUCGAUGCUUCUCCUGUAGACAAUGUCUCACAUCCACUUGACGUACUGCGCGACAUUCUAGCUCCUUUUCCAUCUGACUCUCUAUCCUCGGAUGUACCUGCUCACCAUGGCGCAAACAUCGAUUUUGGCGGGCUGAGUCUGCAAGACUUUGCUGAUGCUCCUCCACCUUCGGACCAACCCUCCGAACAACCGUCUGUCGAAGAAUGUUCGUCUNNAGUCGAGAAGGAUAAAGGCAAGUUUGAAGAUUUGCACAAGUCUAUCGUCGCCUGUGACGAAGUUCUCAAGUCUGUAGAGAACUACCUCACCAGCUUCCAGGCCGAUCUGGCCGCUGUCUCCGCCGAGAUCGAAACCCUGCAAAAUCGUUCAUCUGCCCUUAACACCAAGCUUGAAACCCGUAAGCAAGUUGAGAAGCUACUUGCUCCAGAAGUUGAUGCCUUGACCAUCUCUCCAUCCAUUGUGCGAAAGAUAUCUGAUGGGCCUAUUGACGAUGCGUGGAUCAAAGCUCUGGAGGAUUUGGAAAGACGCUCCAAGAUCAUUGACUUGAAAGCCCCUAGAUCCAAAAGUGCUGCAGAGAUAAAACCACUAAUAGACAGCCUCAAAAACAAGGCCGUCGAGCGUACUCGUGAUUAUGUCGUGUCGCAGAUCAAAGCAUUACGCGCUCCUGGCGUUAAUGCUCAACUCCUGCAACAGAACAACUUCAUGAGAUACAAGGAUGCCUUUCAAUUCUUGGACCGCCAUCAACCCCAACUGGGUCAAGAGAUUGGCCGUGCUUAUAUCAACACUAUGCGUUGGUUUUACUUGCACAACUUCUCACGGUACAAAGCGUCGCUGGAUAAGAUGAAUAUUCACGUUGUCGACAAGAACGAAGUCCUGGCACAAGACGAUACUACAAAACGCACGACUGCAGUCUCCGGCUCACGAACACAAGCUGCACCACAUGAUGCGUUCUCAUUGGGUCGGCGCAUGGACAUGCUCAAAGGCAGCUUCAAAUCAGCUCUCUCAUCGCACAUCGCAGAAGAAGACAAGUCUGCACACUACUUAGAAGCGCCAUUCAGAGCUUUCAACCUCGCGCUGAUGGACAACGCUUCAGGCGAGUACUCUUUCUUGACCAGUUUCUUCUCAAAGCAAUCAUAUCACGAGGUGAAUCGCAAGUUCACCGAGAUAUUCCAACCAACCUUUGCUCUCGGUCAGGCUUUGACCAAGCAGUUGAUUGAUCCUACUGUUGACGCACUUGGUCUUUUGAUCGCUGUUCGAUUGAACCAGCACUUUGCUUUCGAGCUGCAGCGAAGAAAAGUGCCUGCUAUGGAAGGCUACGUAAACGGAACCAACAUGCUUCUGUGGCCGCGCUUCCAAAUGGUCAUGGAUGCUCAUUGCGAAUCUCUACUUGGCACCAUCAUUGCAGAAACGGAAGGCAAGAUGGCAGAGGAGCUCAAGGCUCAUUUUGCAGAAAAAGCAGAAGAGUUUGGCGGUCGCUAA